AUGAAAUAUUCUACAGCUUUAACGUUAUUAGCUACUUUAUCAACCAUCUCGGCAGCUCCAUCAACAACUACCGAAAAUGUUUUAGUUAAAAGACAAGUUUCAUCAUUAUCAAAAAGAGAAGCUCAAGAUAUUGAUGCUUUAGUUGCACACAUUAAUUCAUAUACUGAAAAAAGAGAUGCUAUAGAUAUGGAAUUAAUGAGAAGAGAUUAUGCUAUAGUCACUGAUGUUUUAACCGCUAUUAAUCAAACACAAUUAGCUCCUAAAAUUUUAGAUUACUUUAUUUCUUCACCAACUUUUGAACCAAUUAUUGUUAAUGUUUUAAUUGCAGUUAUGAAAAGUGGUGUUAUUUCAUUACAAGCAGUUUUAGAUGCUUUAGUUAGUUCAAAUUUAGCAGUUAAUGUUAUUAAUGAUUUAAUUUCAGAUUGUUCAUUAUAUGUUGAAUUAUUUAAUGCAGCCGAACAAGUUAUUUCAGAUUUAGCUAAUAGCGUUAAAGAUUUAAUUGAUCAAGGUGUCAAUUCAUUAAUUACAAGAGAUGAAGAUGAUCAAUCUUUACAACCUUAUAUUGUUGAUAAAAGAUUAGAUUUAGAUUCAGUAGUUGAUAAUUUAUUAGAUUCAUUAUAUCAAUCUGGUUUAGCAAGUUCAGUAGUUAGAGAUGUUUUAACAAAUUCAAAUUAUUUAAAUUUUGCAGUUGAUUUAAUUAAAGCAAUGUUGGCUAAUAAUUUAAUUAAUUUAAGUUCAAUUUUAGACGCAUUAACAGAAUCAGGUUUAAUUACUCAAUUAUUCCAAGAAUUAGUUAACUUAAAUACUUUAGGAACUGUUGCAGAAACUGCUUUCGCUGCUUAUUCAGGUACUUGUACUGGAUCAGGUGUUCCAUCAGUUGCUAAUCCACCAUCAACAAAUACUCCAAGUACCGGUGGAAACUCAAAUUCAGGUACAAAUGCUAAUGUAUCAAAUCCAUGUAAAAAAAGAAAAGUUAGAAGAAGAAAAAGAAGAUCAAAUUAUUAA